GCUAUUCCAAGAUGGCGGGACGAGGCAGGGGAAGGGGCAGAGGGCUGUUAUCUAGUAACGUGACCGCAGUCACUCCCGGAGGAGGAGAUUACCAGGCUCUGCUUGUCAAACUUGGUCAUCUCCGCAGUGCAGAAGAGGAGAAGAACAAAGAGCACAAUGAAAACCACAACGCCAAGUCACCGUCGCCUGCCCCCUCACCAUCAUCGUCCGCAGCGACACUCAGCGACGUAGAGGAAGCACUGCGUAGUCUGCAGCUUGAUGCAGAUGAAUCGGAUCUCCAGAACAUCAACCAACUGGCAUCCGACGCCGCCAGGAGUGGGGAGGACUUGAAGAAGGUCUCCGAGAUGAUUUACAAGAAGUGCCUCGGAGACCGAGAUUUUGCCAAGUCAGGGGCCAUCAUUUGUCACCAUAUGGCUGGGAUUGAAGUAGAGGGAACCAAGUUUAGGAACUGUAUAUUGUCGCUGCUGCAGAAAGAUUUUAAAGAUAAAGAAGAGAUCAGAAAGACUUCGUCGGUGAGAUUCCUGGGUUUCCUGGCCACACUGUGCCAGGUUUUCGGCCACAUGCGGACGGCGGCGGGGGAGCUGUUCAAGCCGCUGGUCAGCCCCAUCUGUGAGAGUAUGGAGCUCAUCUUGGAGCAGGAGACGGACACCACAGCGGACGAGUGUGAAUUCCUUGCACUGCAGUUGCAAGCUGUUGGCAAGGAACUGGAGGACGUCGGCAGUGAAAGACUCGGAAAACUGAUGGAAAAAAUCAGGACAAAGAUAGUCAAUAAUAGCACGUCACCAAGGAUACGGUGUACUCUCCUGGAAGUGCUGGAAUGUUACUGUCGGAAGUUUGAAGAACCUCCGAAUGACGUCACUCGUUUCUACUGCGACACAAUGGCUGACAUUCUAUCUGGGAUGGUUGUGUGAUCAAAGAGCUGCUCAUAUCAUUGGCUGUUUUAUCAUUCACUGUUUUAUGGGUCACUGUUUUUUAUCAUUCAUCAACAUCAUUUCAUUGAUUUUAUCAGCAAGAAAAAGCAAUGCAACUGUUGAUCUGAUCUGAAAUUUUUUCAAUAAAAGCUUAGCUUCUGUUACCAUGGUGACAGAGGUAUAAUGAGAAAAGAGCAUUUUAGAUGUCCAGGGCAAGUGAAGACAUUGGGUGUUACUAAGAUAUACUGAUGGAAACAAAUAAACAAUGAAAAAAAAUAGGUAAAUAAGCGUUACUGUCAGUAGAGUUUGCAUACAAAUUCAACAGAAUCAAAUG